AUGGAGUUAGUGCAGGAAGCGCGGGAACUGGGCUGCUGGGCGGCGGAAGAGAUGGGGGCGCCCGCGGCAGCCCGGGCCCCGGAGUCAACUCUGCGCAGACUGUGUCUGGGCCAGGGGGCCGACAUCUGGGCCUAUGUCUUGCGGCAUGUGCAUAGCCAGAGGAAUGUCAAGAAGAUCCGAGGAAACUUACUUUGGUAUGGCCACCAGGACAGUCCAGAGGCCCGUCGGAAGUUGGAGCUGGAAGCCACUGUUGCUCGCCUGCGGGCAGAGAUCCAGGAGUUAGACCAGAGCCUGGAGCUGAUGGAGCAAGAGACCGAGGCUCAGGACAUGGCCAUGGAGCAGGCCCUACAGAGCAUUCAAGACACCCAGCGUCGUGCUGUCCUCCUCCGGGCCCAAGCUGGGGCCAUGCGAAGACAGCAGCGUGGGCUUCAAGAUCCCAUGCAGCGGCUACAGAAUCAAUUGAAGCGUCUGCAGGACAUAGAGAGGAAGGCCACAGUAGAUAUAACCUUUCGACCCUUAUCAUCAGCAUCCCUGGGACUGGAGCCUGUGGUCCUGGGUGAUGUCCGAACAGCCUGUACCCUCCGGACCCAAUUUUUGCAGAACCUCCUAGUUCCUCAGGCCAAGGGAGGCAGCAUCCUAACCCCUCGAGAUGACCACUUUGGAGCUUCCUACCAGCAGUGGCUUAGCUCAGUGGAGACACUACUGACAAACCAUCCUCCGGGCCACAUCCUGGCCUCCUUGGAGCACCUGGCUGAGGAGCGGGAGGCAGAGAUUCGGUCCCUGUGCAGUCCAGAUGGGCUCCAAGAUACGGAGAUAACCAGGUCCCAAGCACCAGACCAGCCAGACUCCAGCCGGGCCCUGCCGUCCAUGGUGCAUCUCAUCCAGGAGGGCUGGCGGGACGUGGGUAUGCUGAUUGCACAGCGGGGCCCCCUGCUGAAGGAGCAUCAAAUCCUGACCCAGCGCCUCCAAGGCCUGAUGGAGGAGGUGAAGAAAUGUGCCCUGGAAUCCAGCGAGAGGCAGGCAUUGGUGCUGGGACUCCGAGGCUGUGGCCUGUGGGCAGAGCUCAAGGCCCUGCGUGCUCAGAGCCAGGAGCUGGAGGAGGUGGCUGGGCGCCGGCAGCUUCUGCUACAGGAGCUACAGGCCAAACAGCAACGGAUCCUGCACUGGCGCCGGCUGGUGGAGGAGACACAGGAACAGAUCCGCCUGCUCAUCAAAGGCAACUCAGCCAGCAAGACGCGCCUGUGCCGGAGCCCUGCAGAGGUACUGGCUCUGCUUCAGCGAAAAGUGGUCCCCACAUCUGAAGCGGUGGCACCACAGUCCCAGAAACUGCUUCAUUGUCUGGAGGAGGAAGCCCGGCAUCUUCCCCACCUUCUGUUGGACACCUUGCUUCGGCACAGCCCUGGAGGGUUACAGCCCCUGCCCACGGUCCUGCCAUCCAUCUACCAGCUGCAUCCCACGUCCCCAAGGAGCUCCAGCCUCAUAGUGCUGAGCCACAGAUUGGGGCUGCCUGCAGGGAAGGCUCCAGAACUGCUCCUCCCAAAGGCUGCCUCUCUUCGUCAGGAACUUCUGUUUCUCCAGGACCAGCAGAGUCUCCGGUCCUGGGAUCUGCUCCACAUGAAGACCAGCCUGCCCCCAGGACCAUCCACCCAGGAGCUGCUGCAGAUCCGGGCAGCUCGGGAAAAGGAACAGAGAAAGAGAAAGCAGGCUCUGAAGCAGCUGGAGAACCUGCUGAAACAAGCGCUGGAGCGAAUCCCAGAAACUACAGGGGUUGUUGGGGACUGGUGGAGGGGGGGCGCGAUGAGUGGGAGCAGCCAGGCCAGCCGCCCUGUCUGA